AUGCAGCCCUGUAACUGCCGUGACGUUUCUGUGUGGCAGCUAUUAGUCGCGGGACUUGCGCUGAGCAACCGAGGUCUUGCAAUUCCCGUCGAAGACAGCCCGCGACAAUAUCUUCUGGCUGGCAUUGACCUACCGCCUAAAUACAAUGGAAAGUCAGAAUCGCCUUAUAAACCAGGCUUCAGAGAUCCCUAUGACAAAGCUGUCGAUUCCAUCGGCGAGGGGUUAGACCCUCUUCCCUAUCGAAAUGGCUUAGGUACCUCAGUUCUUGGUCCCUGGAACCGCGAUCGAUCUCGUCAGAACCCAGAUUUGGUUCGACCACCUAGUACGGAUCAUGGAAAUCUUAAUAAUAUGAGAUGGAGCUUCGCUGAUUCUCACGUGCGCAUCGAGGAAGGAGGCUGGACUCGACAAACCACCGUCCGAGAGCUAGGCACCAGUGUCGAGCUGGCUGCUGUGAACAUGAGACUCGAUAAGGGGGUUAUCCGUGAGCUACAUUGGCACAAGGAAGCAGAAUGGGCGUUUGUCCUUGAUGGCCAAGUUCGUGUAACGGCCAUUGACUAUGAGGGCGGGAACUUCAUAGACGACCUCAAGAGAGGUGACCUCUGGUACUUCCCUUCGGGCGUCCCUCAUUCUCUUCAAGGUCUAGGCGAUAACGGGACCGAAUUUCUUCUAAUCUUCGAUGAUGGAAACUUUUCCGAAGAAUCUACUUUUAUCCUAUCUGACUGGCUAGCUCACACUCCCAAGUCGGUUAUCUCAAAGAACUUCAACCUAGCACCUGAAGUUUUCGCCCACCUUCCCGAAGGGGAGAAAUAUAUUUUCCAAGGCACUCAGCCCGGUGAGAUCGACGAGGAGAAACCGACAGGAAAAGGGGUUAAGAAGUCGAAGACAAAUUUCGUCCAUAAGAUGCUUGACCAAAAGCCUCUUUUAACUAGCGGAGGCGAAGUUCGCAUUACGGAUUCCAAGAACUUCCCCGUCUCGAAAACUGUGGCAGCAGCACACCUGAUCAUCCAGCCUGGCGCUUUACGUGAAAUGCACUGGCAUCCGAAUGCCGAUGAAUGGAAUUUUAUCAUCAGGGGCCGAGCUCGAAUUACAAUAUUCGCUUCUGAAGGCACCGCUCGAACCUUCGACUAUGUUCCCGGCGACGUAGGUAUCAUACCGAGAAAUAUGGGUCAUUUCGUCGAGAACAUCGGAGACGAGCCGAUCGAGAUGCUAGAAGUCUUCCGCGCCGACGAGUUUAGAGACUUUUCUCUGUUCCAGUGGCUGGGCGAAACGCCGAAGAGGAUGGUUGUCGACCAUCUUUUCAAAGACGACCCGAAGAACGGUGAAAUAUUUUGGAACAAGGUUCAAAGCGCACAAAGAGAUGAAGUCACCCUUCCCGAUUUUGACGACGGAGAGUCCGAGCAACGUGAGUUGUAA